AUAGAAUUGUGGUUAUCUAAAAAUGGCAUUCCUAAAAGGAAAAUGAAGGAUAUAAAGUCGAAGAUCAUGUUAAAAGUACGACAAGAACUUGAAGAAAACAGGGAUGUUGAUGUGGAUCAAGAUCUCAUCUCAAUUCUUCCUUUGAAACUUCAAAACCGUAUCAAAAGUUGUAUGCCGUUCACUAGGCUGAAGCAGGUGCCACUGCUUCAGAAAAUGGAUGAACGAAUACUGAAAGCAAUUUGUCGGGAACUCACGCCAGUGAUGUAUACUAACAACAAUAUCAUUGUUCGAGAGAAUGCACCACUUCAAGUUAUGCUCUUCAUCGUGGACGGAGUUGUAGUUACUGAAAAGAAUUUUAGUAAAUUGGAACUGCGUGCAGGAGAUAUAUAUGGAGAGAAACUUCUAGUUUGGCCAUCAUUGACAUCCUUUCCUGAUAAAUUACCCCCAGCAGCUGAUUCCGCAAGGGCAGUUGGUGAUGUAGAAGCACUUGUUCUCAGGUUUGAAGACAUGGAGAUUUUAGGCUCUAAAUUGAGGAGGUAUUUCAGGAAGUACAGCAAGUACUGCACACUCGAAGAACAACUGACUAAAAUUCAUGUUGGACGUUUUGAGGAAGCACUGAAAAUCUUUACGACACAAGAACUUAAAAAGGCCACAAACAAUUUUGAUCAUAGCCGAAUCAUUGGUGAAGGAGGCUAUGGAGAAGUUUACAAGGGAAUACUGCCAGAUAGAACAGAAGUUGCAAUAAAAAGGUUCAAACGUUCUGUACAUCAGAGCGAGAAAUUUGUUCAAGAAGUGACUGCUCUUUCAAAGGUCAGCCACAGACAUGUCGUGAGACUCUUAGGUUAUUGUAUAGAGACAGAAAGUCCUUCACUGAUUCUCGAGUACAUUCCCAAUGGCAGUCUGUAUGAGCACAUACAUGAUAAAAGCAGAGGACCAACACUGUCAUUCAAAGUACGAAUGAGGAUAGCAGCUGAAACCGCUGGAGCACUAGCAUACAUGCACUCCUUGCCCGUGUCUAUCAUACAUGGUGAUGUGAAAUCAGCAAAUAUACUAUUAGAUGAUAACUACUCUGCGAAAGUGAUGGAUUUUGGAACUUCACAAGGUCAUCCUGACAACUUCACACACAUUACGACUAAUGUUUGCGGGACAUUCGGCUAUUUAGACCCCGAGUAUUUUAUGAGAUGCACAAUAACUGAAAGGAGUGAUGUCUACAGUUUUGGGGUUGUCCUGGCGGAACUACUAACAAGCAGAAAGGCAGUUUCUCGUGAUAGGCCAGAAAGAGAGGUUCACCUUGCAGAGUUCCUGAAGUUUACAGCGAGAGAGGGUCACUUGGAUCAAAUAUUUGAUCAUGAAAUUGUCACUGGGGGGAAUAUUAGGGCCGCGAGAAAAGUUGCCCAUCUUGCAUGUAGAUGUUUACAGAUGAACGGGGUGGAUAGGCCUUCAAUGAAAGAAGUAGCCACUGAGCUCGAGCUAUUCUUGGAAUGUAUUGAGAACCAUCCAGAAGAGGAGGAGGAGGAGGAGGAUCAGCUGGAAAGCACGCCUAGUAUCUCUCGUACUAGUACAUUUCCCAUAGAGCAUGAUGACUACAUGCUUCGGUUGGAUGCAGCAGAUGUUAACACCGAUAUUGAUGAUGAAUCUGAUGAUGAUGAUGAUUCAUCUCAUUCAUGGGUUCGAUGAUUUAUUUAUUAAGGAAUUUGCUCUGUCCUGUCUAAUAUUUCAUGCCGCGCCGCUGUUUUGCAUAUGAAGCCUGCAGAUGAAUUAAACAUCUGAAUUCCCUACCAUUAUUAAUUCUCGAGUU